CUCACCGUACGUACUAUUGGUCUCCCUUUCCAUCAGCACAUUUUACUCACACAAAAGCAAGAUUCUCAUAGCAGUAAUACACACAGUGCAGCUCUAUAGAGUUGGAAAGUUUGGUGUUUUCAGUGUGAAAAAUUUCCUUAAAUUAGACAAAAUGAACAUUUCCUUUGAGGGCAAGCGAAUCCUUGUCACGGGAGCCGGUCAAGGUAUUGGUAAGGGAAUAUGCCUACGAUUGUCCGAGUACAAGGGCACAGUCAUCGCGUUGUCCAACAACAAAGACAACCUCGCCAAACUGUCCCAAGAGUACCCAAACAUCCGGACCGUGUGCGUGAAUCUACUCGAUUGGGAUGCGACGAGAGAAGCUGUGAAAAAUGUCCUGCCCAUCGAUCUACUGGUGAACAAUGCCGGGAUAGGAUCUCACGGGUCUUGGCUUAAGGUGACGUCCACAGAUUUCGACGACACGUUUGGGGUGAACGUCAAGGCGAUGUUCAACGUAUCUCAAGUUGUCGCGCAAAAUAUGAUCGAGAGAAACGUAAAAUCAGGUGCCAUUGUCAAUUUAUCUUCGCAAGCUGGUGUAUCAGUGCUUAAGGAUUGCACCGUUUAUUGCUCCACAAAAGCUGCUGUGAACAUGUUGACAAUGUCACUAGCACAGGAUUUGGGACCUCACAAUAUUCGAGUUAACUGCGUACAACCUACUGUGGUGAUGGCAGGUAUGGGAAAAAUUUUUAUCACAGAUUGUAAAGAAGCCGAGGAUAUGAAGAACAGAAUUCCCUUGGGUCGCUUUGCAGAAGUAGAAGAUGUUGUUGACGCUGUGGUAUACCUCCUGAGUGACCGGAGUUCGAUGAUAACUGGGGCUGGACUACCCGUGGAUGGUGGAUAUCUUACUGCGUAAAAAAUGUGAAUAUCCUUAUGUGGCUGUGAAAUCCUUGUUUGGUCUAGUUGAUAUAUUUUUAAUGAUGGAAAACACUCAGUCGCACAGUCUGAGAUUGAUGUUUUUGAACGAACAAAUUUUCGUUCAG